AUGGACCAAACCAUAUCCCAGAUUAUAAAUGAUGAUAUUAACUUGUAUGAUGUAUUAGGAGUUUCACUUGACAGUACACCUCAGGAUAUUCGUCGAGCCUAUCGACAAAAAGCCUUACAAUUUCAUCCUGAUAAAUACGAUGGUGAUACAACGAAAUUCAAUUUGAUUUUGAAAAGUUAUGAAAUACUAAGUGAUAAUUCAUUAAAGUUGAAAUAUGAUGAACUUUGUCAAAUAAAGUUGACAAAACUAGAAAAUCGUGCUCAACUAGAUGAUUUAACAAGGAAAUUUCAGGAUGAACUAAUAGCAUCAGAACUGAAAAGACAGAAACAUCGACAUCCCAAUAUCGAACUAAUGAAACAAGAAGGAUUGAAAAAAAGAAGAAUCCAGGAACAGAAAUUAUUUGAUGAAAAGAAACCUUGUACUACGAUUUAUGAUAUACCGUUGAAUAACAAUGUAUCGGUCAGCCUGAAAUAUGCCAACACGACAGUAAGUUUAAAAUACAAGUUUAAAAAGGAGCUUGAAAAUCUAAUUGAUGGAAAUGUUAUAUCCAAAAUCAUGCUGAUUUUCGGCGAAGUUACAAAAGUGACAAUGAAUGGUCAUGAUAAUCGAUAUGCCUAUGCGUAUAUUGAGUUUGCUACAAUUGACGGUUGUAACCAAGCUUUGCGCCACAACUAUAGCGAAUCAGCAAGAAAAUGGGACGGAACCGAGGUCAGAAAGUUGGCCAGUUUACUUAGGGAAUGCAAGAAGGCAGACCUUGCCAUCUCAGAUUUUACUAAUAAUGAUAAAGUUAACCAAAUUUUAAGAGAUUAUUUGAAAAGUGUCAAUUCCCGUAUCUGA